AAGUGUGUGUCUGUGUGCCAGUCACUCACUGCAUCGGGUCCAUCUGCACCGCUCGCCUCCUCGGCCGCCUCCCCUCUUCGCCCGCCCGCUCCCCGCAGCCGCCGCCCGCGCCCGGCCCCCGGCCCGCCGCCUCCCCGGCCAUGGAGCUGCUUUGAUACAAUAGCGCCGGGGGCAGCGGAGACAGGAGCCCAGUUUUGUGCCACUUGUCGGGCAAGGAUUAUAUUCCCACUCCCCCUGGGUCGCGGCUGUAUCUACGCGGAGCCCUGCGGCGGGGCCCGCCGUGCUGUAGCGUUCCCAAUAUCCGCCCGCAGGCAUGGAGGACGCCGGCGUCCAGAGGGGAAUCUGGGACGGGGACGCCAAGACGGUGCAGCAGUGCUUGACUGACAUUUUCACCAGCGUUUACACCACCUGCGACAUCCCAGAGAAUGCCAUUUUCGGCCCCUGCGUCCUGAGCCACACGUCCCUGUAUGACAGCAUUGCCUUCAUCGCCCUGAAGUCCACCGACAAACGCACUGUCCCCUACAUAUUCCGGGUGGACACGUCGGCGGCAAAUGGCUCAUCGGAGGGUCUGAUGUGGCUGCGGCUGGUGCAGUCGGCGCGGGAGCGAGAGGAGCAGAACCUGGAGGCCUACAUCAAGAGUGGGCAGCUCUUCUACCGCUCCCUGCGCCGCAUCGCCAAGGAUGAGGAGCUGCUGGUGUGGUACGGCAAGGAGCUCACGGAGCUGCUGCUGCUGAGCCCCGCCCGGGCCCCCGCCCGCAGCAACGGCUCUCCGCCCUUUGCUUGCCCCGAGUGCAGCCAGCGCUUCCAGUUCGAGCUGCCCUUCGCUGCUCACCUCCGAUUUCGCUGCCCUAAGAGGCUGCACGGCCCCGACACUGGCCCAGCCGCCGAGGUCCCCGGCGGCAAGGAUGGCUCAAGCAAAGAGCAGGAGGUUGGCAAGUACUGCAAGCCCGGCGGCCCGCUCCACCACCCCUUCCCCGGGGCCGACGGCAGCAGCGCUGCCGCCAGCACCAAGCCCUCCACGGACUUCCACAACCUGGCGCGGGAGCUGGAAAACUCCCGCGGCGGCCACGGCGGAUCCCCGGGGCGGCCGCCGGCCCCCGAGGGCAGCCCCGAGGUGACGGCCAGCAAGGCCAAGCGGCGGUACCCCGAGGAGGAGGAGCGAGGCCCCGGGACGGCAACACGGGGCCGCUUUCCGGCGGAGAGGCCGGGGCUGCCCUCGGCGCCCAAGGAAGAACCGGUGUGCGCCCCGCAGCAGCAGUACCGGGCUGCCGGUUCUUACUGCGGCCUAGAGGAGGGCGGCCGGCUCUUCGCACCUCCCAGCCCGGAGACUGGCGAGGCCAAGCGCAGCGCCUUCGUGGAGGUGAAGAAGGCAGCCCGCGGCCCCGACCCGGACAGCGGCGGCCCCGAGGAAGGCCAGGAGCGUGCUUCUCCCGCGGCCCCGGGGGCCGGCGGUGGAGACCCGGGGCUGUGCCCCCGCGGCGGACCUGGGGGGCCACUGGCCGCCCGCCUGGAGGGGGGCAGCCCGGCGCGGGGCAGCGCCUUCACCAGCGUGCCGCAGCUGGGCGGCCCGGGCGGCGGGCCCGGCGGCGGGACAGAGGAGCGGAAAAGCGCCUUCUCUCAGCCCGCCCGCUCCUUCCCGCCCCACGUCCCGCCGAUAGUGCUGGGCCAGAAGCUGGGAGGGCUGGGCGAGCCCUGCCCCGACGGCGCCGCCGCCCCUGCCCGUCUCUACGCCGCCGAAGCGCUGGCCGUCAAGCUGCCGGGCGGCGGGGAAGCGGCGGGCGGAGGCGGAGGGGCAGGCGGCGGCGGCGGGGGACUGCCCAAGCAGAGCCCUUUCCUCUACGCCACCGCCUUCUGGCCCAAGAGCUCAGCGGCCGCGGCCGUGGCGGCGGCAGCGGCGGGACCACUGCAGCUGCAGCUGCCGUCGGCGCUGACGCUGCUGCCGCCGUCGUUCACCUCGCUGUGUCUGCCAGCGCAGAACUGGUGCGCCAAGUGCAACGCAUCCUUCCGCAUGACCUCGGACCUGGUCUACCACAUGCGCUCGCACCACAAGAAGGAAUACGCGCUGGAGCCUCUGGUCAAGCGGCGACGCGAAGAGAAGCUCAAGUGCCCCAUCUGCAACGAAUCUUUCCGCGAGCGCCACCACCUCUCCCGCCACAUGACCUCGCACAACUAGCGAGGUCCCUCCUCCCCAUCCCACCGCCCCGGGGUCCCCUACCCGGCCCCCCGCCGAGGGCAGCGCCCGCCCGCCGCUCGCUUUCUUUCCGUUCGAUGCACGCUUUUUCACUUUCCAGGGAGGGCGGGGAGGGCAGAGGGGCAAGAGGAGGAGAAAAAGAAGAAGAAAAGAAAAAGAGUUUAAAAGAAAAAAAAAAAAAAAAAAAGGAAGAAAAACAAAUCCUAAAAGCACCAUGGGAGGAAAAAAAAGGGGGGGAAAAAAGAAGCAAAUUACUUUAAAAAUACAUUUUUUAAAAUGUCAUAUAUUGCAACAUAUUGAUGCAUUUGUCAUACGUUUCUACUUAAAUUAUUAAGCACUUAUGGUUUAGAUGUAAUAAUAAUUAUAUGUCAGGGUAAAUUUUUAUUUUAGAUAUAAAGCUACAGGCGGGAGGAGUGCGGCGGGGCGGCGGGCCGGAGUCCUGCAUGCACCGGGUGCUCUCCGCCCGCCCGACUCCUGCCGCCUGAGUCCCUUUUCCUACAGAGUGUCACUUCGUGCCCGUGAAAUGGAGUCUCGCUAGUUCCGUGUUACCUUUCCCUUUCCGUUUAUUUUUCUUUUCUUUUCUUUUAUUUUAUUUUUUUCUUUCUUUUUCUUUUAUUUUUUUUCCCCUCCACUCUCCCCUAUCGAAAAGAUUUAUUAAACUUUAUAGUUUAUCUGGGUAUGUUGGAUGCUUUGACAAUAAAUGACUUUAUUUUCUUCAAA